UAAAUCUGGUAUGAACACCAAACGUUGAUAACCGGUUCCUCCUGAGUGUUCAAAUCUGGUGACUCAACCAAAACCUAUUUAAAUUCACACCCCCAAAACACACAGACAAACCAAAAAAUCUUUACAUUCUUCAGAGCGACGUAACCUUAAAUCUUUUUUCAAAAAAAAAAAAAAAAAAGGGAAACUUUUUCUAUUUCAGGUAACGCUGGAAGACUUUGUAUUCUUUCCCCUUUUACUUUCUUGGUCAGGGGUUUCUAGGGUUUUCAAUCUCUGCUUAAAUUUUCACUGUUCCCAUAGUCGGCGUAAAAAUUGCUUCCUCUCGGAGCUGCCAAACGGCAAAGAAGAUACUUGAGUAGAGAAGAGGACCGGAAGUUUCCGGUUUUUUCAACUUUCCGACAUUUCCAAUUGCGUUGCAUCUUCAAGCCGGUGGAUUUCUUCUGUUCACCACCCUUUUCCUUUUGGGGGUAGGGAACUGGUUUAUUUCAACGGUCUGGGCUGCAAGCUUUAAUAUUUUUCUAUAUUUGAGUUGGAUUCAUUCUACAUGAUCGUUUAGUGCUAUUGAACCAUGGGAAAUCUAGUUGCUCUUGUGAUCGUGAACUUGCUAUAUAGAUGAUAUUAUGGUUUUUGAGCUCUUUCUUUGUUGACAUUUAGUUUCUGAAUGAAACAAUUACAAUUGCAGUGGAAAAUGUGCAGUUGAUGGAAGGAUUUUUUUAUGGAUGGUAUGGAUGAAGGACUGGGUGACGAGAUCACUUCAAUUGAUGCAGUUGAGGGUGCUCACUUCCGGAGCAAAGAAAAUGAAUAUUCACUCAAACCCGAAAACUGCAACGGGGUGGAAUCCCAGGAAAUGGCUGCUCGGGCUGAAGCAAACUCUCCUGAGAGCUCAUUUCAUGUGCUUGCAGAUAUGUUGGAAUGUAAGAAUUUAAAUGAAAAUAUGGACACUGUGGGUACAUCAGAAAAUGCAUGCAUUAUCAGUCAUACAGUGGACGAUGCAGGUACCAUUGUUGAGGAGUUGACUGUGAAAAAUUAUGAUGGUUCUAACUUGGCUUUAGUUGGUACAUUGAACAAUAGGGAGAAAAUACAAAGUAGGCAGAACCAAUGGCAGCAUCUUUACCAAUUGGUGGGGGGAUCAGCUGGUGGGAGUUCACUUAGUGACAGGGAUAGCAAUUGGGCAAUGCCGAAUGUCCGGCAGAAUGUGGGAUACACGUCCUUCCCUGAGUUUUUGUCCAAAAAACCAUCAAAAGUUGACAACAAUGAAGUAUUAGAACAAUUAAUGAUUGGUGAAAACCAUGCAGUUUCAAGCGAUAUAUUGCCUCAUGGAGGUAUCAGGACAAAGAUUCUAUCCAAAUCAGGGUUUUCUGAGUUUUUCGUCAAAACUGCUUUGAAAGGAAAGGGAAUCAUAUGCAGAGCUCCAUCCCCUAACGUCUUUAGAGCUGAUCUUGGGGACCAGAAUAAUAUAAAGACUGCUGUGGGUCCUAAUGUGACUUCUAAUGCCUUGGUAAAGGGUACUGGUGGGCCUGUGGUUGCUUCUAAUGCUUCACUGAGUUUAGUUGCCAAGACAUGUAACCAUUCCUCUUGUGAUAUUGUUUCUACCAGGUCCAGUGGCUUUGAGCAUGAGGGAAUGACUUUGCGAGAUUGGCUGAAAGCUGAGCACAAUAAAGCAAGUAAAGCUGAGUGCUUGUAUAUAUUUAAACAAAUAGUGGAUCUUCUAGAUGAUUCUCACUCCCAAGAGGUUGCCUUGCAUGACUUAAGGCCGUCUAGUUUCAAGUUGCUCCAAGCAAAUCAGGUUAAAUACAUCGGUUCAUGUUUCCAGAGAGGGUUAUCAGAUGGUAUUACCGAAAAAAAUAUUUCCCACGCUGAAGACCGUCUGACUAGGAGAAACCCAGUAGAGUAUGUGGUAUCUCCCUCUGCAAAGAGGCCGAAGUUCAAUGAGAGCGCAAAUUUUAGGAAGUGGCCUCUAUUUUCACGAUCUGGCAUCAAAAUUGAAACAGCAAAUGAUAGGGAUCGUAACAUAACUGGAAAUUUUUUUAGUAAGUCUAAUGAAUGUCAAACAAGUGCUGAACAUGGAUUGGGUAGAAAUUCCAGAAGCCUUCAGGAGCCAAAUGCAGCUGCACAGCUAUUGACCUGCAAGAGUGAGCAAUUAGAAGAGAAGUGGUAUGCAAGUCCCGAGGAGCUCAACGAAGGAGUCUGCAUGAUCUCAUCGAAUAUCUAUAGUCUGGGUGUUCUUCUUUUUGAGUUACUUGGUAAAUUUGACAGUGAAAGAGAACAUACUGCUGCAAUGUCAGAUUUACGUCACAGGAUCCUCCCUCCAAAUUUGCUAUCAGAAAAUCCCAAGGAAGCUGGAUUUUGCCUUUGGCUACUUCAUCCUGAACCUUCAUCACGCCCAACUACUAGGGAAAUCCUCCAAUCUGAAGUAGUUAAUGGAUUCCAGGAGGUCUUUGCAGAAAAAAUGUUGUCAGCUAUUGACCAAGAUGAUGCAGAAUCGGAACUUCUAUUACAUUUCCUUAUUUUAUUGAAAGAACAAAAACAGAAGCACACCUCCAAACUAGUAGAAGAUAUUAAAUGCUUAGAAGCAGAUAUUGAAGAAGUUGAGAGAAGGCAUGGUACUGAAAAACCCAUGGUUAGUUCUUUCUUGCAUAAUGAUUCCACUACUCAAAUGGAGAAUGGGCACUUCAAGAGUGCUAUGAGUUCAGAGGCACUUCCUCAUUUAUUCCCUACUUCUAGUGCAAAUGAAGCACAGUUGAUGAAAAACAUUCAUCAGCUUGAAAGUGCUUACUUGUCCAUGAGAUCUAAAAUCCAUCUGACUGAGAACGAUACUAAGAUACGCUCAGAUAGAGAUCUACUGAGAAAUCGUGACAACUUUUAUUUGACACAAGUGGAUGGGGAGAUAGAGAAUCCCAAAGACCAAGUUGGAGCCUUCUUUGAUGGUUUAUGCAAGUAUGCCCGUUAUAGUAAGUUUGAGGUACGUGGUGUACUGAGAAGUGCAGAGUUCAACAAUUCUGCAAAUGUCAUCUGCUCUCUGGGUUUUGACCGGGAUGAGGACUAUUUUGCUGCUGCUGGAGUAUCAAAGAAGAUAAAAAUAUUUGAGUUCAAUGCCAUUUUUAAUGACUCUGUUGACAUUCAUUAUCCUGUGAUUGAAAUAUCAAAUGCAUCAAAGCUUAGCUGUAUUUGCUGGAACAACUAUAUCAAGAACUAUCUGGCUUCUACUGAUUAUGAUGGAAUAGUCAAGUUAUGGGAUGUAAGCACUGGUCAGGCAGUUCUGCAGUAUUUUGAGCACGAAAAGAGGGCUUGGUCUGUUGACUUUUCUCAAGCAUAUCCUACGAAAUUAGCCAGUGGAAGUGAUGAUUGUUCCGUGAAACUGUGGAACAUUAAUGAGAGAAACUGCAUAGGCACGAUGAGGAACAUUGCAAAUGUAUGCUGUGUUCAGUUCUCUGCUCACUCCACUCAUUUGCUCGCAUUUGGGUGUGCAGAUUACAUAACCUAUUGCUACGAUCUUCGAAAUCUGAAAGCCCCUUGGUGUAAAUUGGCUGGCCAUGACAAAGCUGUGAGCUAUGUAAAAUUCUUGGACCAUGAAACUCUUGUUACUGCAUCCACCGACAACACAUUAAAGCUUUGGGAUCUGAAGAAAACCAGUUAUAAUGGCCUUUCAACCAAUGCUUGCAGUCUAACUCUUAGCGGACAUACUAAUGAGAAGAACUUUGUUGGUUUGUCAGUUGCUGAUGGUUAUAUAUCAUGUGGUUCAGAAACAAAUGAGGUUUAUGCUUAUUAUAGGUCUUUACCUAUGCCUAUCACCUCCUACAAGUUUGGCUCCAUUGAUCCUAUAUCGGGGAGAGAGACUGAUGAUGACAAUGGACUGUUUGUGUCGAGUGUCUGCUGGCGAGGGAAAUCGGAUACGGUUGUUGCUGCAAAUUCAAGUGGAUGUAUUAAAGUGUUGCAGCUUGUUUAAGGAGAAAUUUACCCUCUUGAGAUCAAUUACAGUAUGGACAUGGGGUAACUUCUCUGCAGCUUGGGAAUCCAAAUGCUUUUUUUUUCUUGACGCCUUUAUUAAGCUGAGGCAAAGAAAAGCUCUGAAAGAUAGUACUACAUCUUGGGUUUAGCCAUUCAAGGAAAACAGAAGGGGCAGAACUAUAUUUCCUAGUCAGUUCAGUUCUGAAAUGGUGUCUCAGAGGAAAAGCCAGGAAAAAUGGUUCUUGUUUCUGAUCUCCAAAUUAAAAGAAGGGAUCUCAAGUCAUAAUUUAAGGGCUCAUGAAUGUUGACCAUUAAUUGAAGCAGUUUCACAAACUUGAAACAAGAGAAUCAGGAUCUGGAAAUAGGGAAACAGAUUUUAGAUGUGGAGCAUUCUUGAAUCAUGGAGACAAAUUUUAGAUGGUGAGCAUUCUUUAAAUCACAGCGUGGUAUAUAUGUAUGACCAAAGUUUGCAAUUGUUUCUUAGAUACAAGUGUCUGGUUCUGGUGGUAUUCAGGCCUUUAAUAGCAAACCAACAAAAUGAUUUGUUCAGAAGACAGGACGAGAAAUGGACGAAUUAUCAACAGUUAAAAUCAAGUUCCUGGUAGUUGGCUACUUAGUUGUAUCCAAGUAUUCAACGUUGAAAAACGAUUAUUAUAUGCUGUAAAUCUCAUAUAAUUCAAUGUAUAUAUUAAAUUUUGUUUUGUUUGACAGCUAAUUUUCCCCUUUAAUAUUAAUUCUCGUGUAAUAUAUCACCUUUAUUUACCAAUAAAAUCACACUAAAUGCAUUGACCUU